AUGCAGAAAGAAGAGCAAGCCCCUUGCUUGUGGCAGCGAAAUGUGGCGGCAUCGGGAAACAACGUGGCGUUCGUCGGGCAGCGGGUGACCUGCAAAAGGUUUUUCACGGGCACCGCAGUCCAGGGCGUAAGCAGACACACAAUGCGCCCAGAGCAUGCUGAUGGAUGCGCCCGACGGAUGCCCUUGACGCAACACUGGCCAAUGGCUGGCUCCCCGAUUCCACCCGUUGAGUUUUGUGUUCCCCCAAUUCCCCCCAAUCCCCCCCACCAAUUUCCCACACGCUGUCACCCUCCGCAGCUCAUUCGACGGCCACCGGGUACUCCCUUGCCGGGCGAAUUGGCGAAUUGGCGAAUUGGCGCGUCGGCACGCCCUGGACGGUCUGGACGCCGGCAGUUCCAACCGCUGCUUCCUUCCCCGUUGGCUGCGCACGCGCCAGAUGACGCCGGUGUGUCACUGCCGCCAUCCGAUUCGUCGAUCCGCCGUGCCGCCCUUCCCGAGGCCCCUCGCGCGAUUGCCGUUAUAUCUUUCGUUAUUUCCCCCCGCGAUGGAGCACUCCUCCGGCAUUCCCCGAGCGAGGGAGCGGGAAUCCUCCUCCCUAUCAUCCCUAUCAUCCCUAUCAUCCUCGCCAUCAUCAGAUCCAUCACAAUUCAUCAGCGUCAUCAGCAUGGACGUCGGGGGGCCUGGUCCCGGGGCUGGUCCCCGGGCUGUCCAGGUGGUGUGAUCGUGGUUCCACCUGCCUGA